AUGACAGCCCAGCGUUUAAGUGGUUAUGAGAUUAUUCUUCUUAAUACCCAGAAUCUGUCUAUUGUGUAUAGUCCUGUUAAUUCUGGUCCUAUGUCUGUUUUGCAUGCUAUUCUUACUUCUGCAUCUGACUCUGUGUCUAUACCAUCUGAGCCUCAUAAUUGCAUUGAACAAAUACAUAUUGCCACAUCUCCCAGAGCAGACCUCUCCUCCACAGCACUCAGUGGCCCCGAUGUGACCACUGUCUUUGUGGAUGGCUCUUGCUCCAGACCAAAUGAUGGUACGUACCUCACAGGCUAUGCCGUGGUACAGCUACCUGAUAAAAUCAUUGAAGCUGACACUAUUUUCCAGCCGUCUGCACAAGCUGCAGAGCUCAUUGCUCUCACACGUGCCUGUCAGAUUUUCUCAGGACAGCGAGUGAACAUUUACACAGACUCACGAUAUGCUCAUGGGGUAGUGCAUGAUUUUGGUGUGAUCUGGAAACAAAGAGGUUUUGUAGGAGCCGAUGGAAAAGCCAUUUCACACACAAAUCUCAUCCAAUCACUCCUAGAUGCUAUCCUACUCCCAUCUGAAGUAGCUGUUAUCCACUGCAAGGCACACACUCUGGGUAGUGAUGACAUUUCAAGAGGAAAUGCCUUGGCUGACAAAGUAGCAAAAGAAGCUGCAGCCAAGAUUGUUUACUAUAAAAUGUUUCCUGCUAUGCUUAAACCACCCACAUGCCCUACUGACAGUUUGCUUUUGCAGCUUCAAGCCUUUGCAACGCAAUCUGACUUGGAUUUUUGGAUUAAACAAGGUUUAGAAAAAGAUCAGAAUGAUCUUUUCUCUAAAGAGGGGAAGAUAGGCAUACCUGAAGCAAGUUGUUUUAUUUUCAUCAGUCAGGCACAUGGUCCUGGCCACAAAAGCAUAGCAAGUACCAUCCAAUUCCUCAUGAAUUCAUUUUAUAUUAGGAAUCUCAGGCAGCAUGUACAGUCUUUUGUAAGAUCAUGUGAACCAUGUAUGAGAACACAUCCAAAUAUUCCACACAAAUCACAGCACUAACAUUUGCCCCCUCCAGCUGCUCCUUUUACACACUUACAGAUUGAUUUUACUCAUGUACCCAAAAUUGGUAAGAAACAGCAAUACUUACUGGUCAUAGUUGAUCAGUUUAGUAGAUGGCCCGAAGCCUUUGUGACAUCCAGGGAAGAUGCUAGGACUGUAGUGAAGAUUCUUGCUACUGAAAUUAUUCCCAGGUAUGGCUGCCCUCUGCAGAUUAACUCUGAUAAUGGCCCGGCUUUUGCCAGUAAGGUUACCCAGGAACUUGCUAAAUUCUUGCAAGUUACCUGGAAGUUUCAUAUACCCUAUCAUCCACAGAGUUCAGGGGUAGUUGAAAGGAUGAAUAGGACCAUUAAGGAGAAAGCUACUGCAGGAACAUGGGUAAAUUGGACAAAAUAUCUACCAGCUAUUUUAGCUGAGAUAAGAAUGACUCCCCACAAGGUGACUAAAUUAUCUCCAUUUGAGAUUCUAAUGGGACGACCUUUUCCCACACCCUGGGCCAGGGAACCGCUUGUUAUAAUGUCUGGGGAUUUACAGCUAAUACAAGAACAAUAUGUACAGGAAUUGUUGAUAAAACUGAAUGGUAUAUAUGGCAAUGUUUCUUCGCAGUUUCCCUUACCUUCACAGGAACCUACUCAUCCAUACCAGCCUGGUGACAAGGUGUAUAUCCGUCAGCUGAACAGGACCAAGAAAGGAGGAUACCCUUUUGGACCACCUGCUACUGUGAUUGCUGUAACCAGAACCGCUGUCCUCACAGAUUCCCAUGACAUCUGGAUUCAUGCAUCCCGAGUGAAGCUGUGUCCAAAGAGGGGAGCCAAGGAAGACAACACCACUCCUCACUCGGAAACAGAAGAAGUCCCCCUUAGCGAAGCAUCAUGGUUUUCACACCAUAUCGUAGAUUGAGAGGAUCAUACGAAUCUGAGACCAAGAUUAUGUUGUGUGCUAUGCUUUCUGGAGUAGUUAUACUCCCUUUGAUAUUGUUUCUUGAAUGCCAUUAUGAGUACGAGGCAAUGGCAAGUUUGAAACCUGUUUGUUUCUGGAAAGAAGACUCUGACAUGAUGAACAAUUCUUCAAUACCCCCAACCCAAUUAGGCCUUAACCCCUCAUCUAGCAUUCGUCACACACGCUCCCUCAAGAACUUUUCUCCACCACCUUUUUAUCAGCAUGUAAUAUGCAAUCAUUCAUUCACUGAACGCAUUUGGAUGAAUUGGACAAAUAAUAACCCUUAUAAGUAUCAGUUACUCAUAUGGAAUGUGUCCACAGCUAAUGAAACCGAUGCAUUAUGUUUGUUUGAAGGUUCACGGAAAAUUGUUAGAUCUUAUAACACAGAAAUGUGCACAGUUAAGGUUGCUAAUUACACUGGUAUCUGUGCCACCUUAUUUAAUAUAAGUUCUGAUGGUAAGAGAAAACCACCUAAACAGGUUUGGGAUAUAUAUUAUAAGAAAAUUAGUAAGGUUGCAUAUCAAUGUAAACAGACAGGCCUUAUUACUUUUAAUAAUGAUUAUACAACUGGUACCAUUAAUUGGAAAAGGGGACAAAUGUUAGUCAUUAUGAAUGACACUGCAAUUGAGAACUAUACACUACCUUAUAUUUUUACACCUUAUUACUGUCCUUUAUCCUCUACCAUAGAACCAAAAGUCAACAACGACACACACACACCUAUUCCAUCCACAUGUGUUAAUACAACUGUCUUCUUACAAGCUGUACAUGUGUCAUUAAAAAUCACUACUCCUGUUGUAACAUUAUGUAACACAGCAAACAAAAGGCAGAAAAGGGAAUGGUAUGACACACUGUUAGGAGGUGCUGGAACCACUAUGGGUAUACUAAAUAGUAUAGACAUGGAGACCCUCAAGAAUAAGUUAAACACGGCCAGCAUGCAUAUAGGGACUGGUUUCCAUGCUACUGCAAACUGGGCUCCAACUGUUGUUAAAUCACAGGUUACAGGAUUGGAUUUAGAUAAAUCAAUGUUUAAUUAUUUAGAUAAUUUAACUGUUGCAACUAUGAAAUUCACAACAGGUCUAAGUAAUUGGAGUACUUGUGCCAUCAGGUAUUUAUUGAUGCAACACCAAAGAUCGGCAUUAGAAGACAUACUAAUGAUUCCUAAAUUAGAGAAGAUUAGAGGAAUGCUUAACCUCACAGAUAAUGAAUGGUUACUUCUGAAACCCCAAUCCACUAAAUGCAAUGAAUGGUUAACUGGUACUGUAUCACAUUUUUCAUGCUCAUGCUAUUUUACAUUAUAUCAUACAACAUCAAAGGAUGUUAAAUUAGCUUGUCAAUUUAACACAUUACCAGUACCAGUUUAUGAUCUCUUUGCCAAGAAUUUAACCUGGUGGGCACCCACCUUCACAGGGGACUAUAUUUUUCCCAAAGAUAAUAUGACCUAUUCCCUCAAACACUGUGUUCUCACUGACAAAGGAUAUGCAUGUCGACACUCGUCCCCUAUUUACGAACCAUGCUUACUCCAAAAUGAACUUAACAAAUGCAUAUGGCACAUAUAUCCUGAAAAUUAUUUUACCGUGACAGAAAUAAGCACACAACCUAUCUGUUUAGCAACUAAUCUCCCUACAAAGAUAAUUACUAGCACUACAAGUAUUAAUCUACCUCUCCCUUUUUCAGGAUGUUUGACUAAUAUUACCUGGUUAGAUCUUAAUGGCACCCAAUAUUAUUUCAGCGACACAAUUACUUUAGACCCUAUUAGGCUCGCUGCCUUUUGAAGAUUACCAUUUACCUCUUGAGACUAUUGUCUCCUUAAUGAAAGGAAAACAAAAUAUGUUUAAACAUCUUGUUACACAUAAUGAUGCUCUAGUACACACACAGGUAGCCACACAUAUCCUAAAAGGAGAACUCCUUAAGGUGAGUUCACAGAUUCAGAAUGAUUUAGUCCACCAUUGGUACGAUGCUUUUACUGGUUGGUCUCCUACUGGAUCCCAGAUAAUGAAAUCAUUCUUCUAUCCUCUUGUUAUUAUAGUCCUGAUUUUAUUGUGUAUGAUUUUGUAUAACUGCCAUCUUACUUGUACAUUGAGAAAGAGAAUACAGAAAUUAAUCCAUAAUGCAGAACAAAAACAAUUGGAAACUCUCCUCUCUGCCACUGGAGGGUAUCAACCCAUCUUUAAAACUGGGCCUUAGGAAUUACCACAUGGGAAUCGAGGUGAAGAAAUUAAUGAAAGUCCCGCAGGGAGUGACUAGCACCCCUGAAAAUACCAUGUGGAAGUUUCUCUGUCCUGGUAAGAUUUUAUCGAUAAGAUGAGCAAAUUAAUUGCUCAAAGAGGGGGAUGUAAGAAAUAUGAAAUAGUUUCCUUGUUUAUAUGUAUUUUAUGCUUUUAUAAGGUUUAUAACAUGAUUAUUGCUGACUGAAAGGAUAUUAAAUACUUAAACUCAAUUUACGACAUAAUAUGCUGACUGUGACAGACUAAGGUAUUUCUUCUAUAGGAUGUAAGACAAUGCUAAAAUUUCAGGAUGUCUUGCCCAUUCCGAUUUCAGGAUAUUCUUUUCCAGACGUAUGCAAAAAACUUAUCUUUCCAUUGUCAGAAUAACAUGCAAUAUAUAAGGAAGUAAUAAAUCGUAUAAUCUGUAUUGUAUUGCAUAUCUCAUGACUAAGGUAAACAAAACUGUAUAAAUGCUAGCUUCACAGUAAUACAGAUUGAGAACUUGUUAAGCACCUUUUCGUGUCUGUCUGUUAUUUGCUAAGCAAGUCUCUCCCGUCAAUUGAUGUGGUGAACUAGGAUCGAGAACCGAGGGGAGUUGAGUCCAGGACAGCAUUAACCCUUUCAGACAGGCUAUAGACACCAGAAUCCCUUCAUUAAGCUGCAGUGGCUCUGGGGACUAUAGUGUCCCUUUAAUGUGAGGUAAAUUAGAGAUUAGUGUCACUAAUAUAGAUUGCCUACUUACAACCAGAGGAGGAUGGUGAUGGGCUCUGGCUGCAGUUUGGCUCCGCUGGUCUGGUGUAGAACAGGAUCUCUGGAGGCUGUUUGUAAAUCUGGUCACAAAAUUCAAUGUUCUGGGAAGCAGCUCUAUUUUUUGGCGCCCCUUGCACAGCUCAAUUCUGGGCCCCAGGGCCUGACAAUGAGUAUGCAAUUAAGGCCCACCCAUAAAUCCACCUACAUGUUCCACCCAUGAGUUCGCUCACAGGGAGUGGAGUGCGUAGGUGAUGUGUUAUGUGUUAUUGUAGAGGAUCUAAUGUGUGUGCUUAUGGAAUGUAGUGUAUAGGGAUACCAGUUUGUGUAGGUGAAGCAGUGUGUGUUUGUGUAUAAGGGAUGUAUUGUGUCUUUCUGGUUGUGUGUAAGGGAUGCAUUGUGUGUUUCUGUGUAUGUGUGCAAAGGAUGCCGCUUCCUAUGAGUCCGGCCGGGUACAGAAAAACGGAUGUUCCUGUAUUGCGGACCAGAGAGAUGCUUGGCCACGCUACACAGGGAAGGGGAGGUGAGAAGAGAGGCAGUGCUGCAGCCGUCUGAGGCUCUCUAUAGAGCGCUCAGGUGGCUGCAGCAUUAGAAGUAGUGCGCUAGGCGGCGCUAGGCGGCGCUAGGCGGCUGCAUAGUUCGCCUUAUAGGAAGCGCUGGCCCUGACCCCAACUAGCUAAAUAUAUAAUUUUAAAAUAUUUAAAUUAAUUAAUAAAAUCAAUUUAACCCCUGAGGUUUAAAAUAAAAUGAAAGUUAACCCUCAGGGGCUAAAAAAAUAAAGAAAAUCAGAUCACAGUAAAAUGCAGUACCUGUCAAUUAAUCACUGUAGUCAGUGCUUAAUUGGCAGGGAAGGGGUUCAUUUUAUUAAAGCAGGGAAAAGGGGGGGGGGGGUGAGUGGGAUUUAACUUACACUUUAUUUUUUACAGUGAGAAGCAGAUCACACUGAACGCGGAAGUGCAGGGAGCCGGAUCAGAAGUCCCUGCAGCACAUGUGCUUGAGGGACAGGCUGUCAGAGCGAUCACAGCUACAGGGACAGCACAAUUGGGUGCUUCCGGUCUGCCUCAAAUAUGGUUGUGGCAAUUUGGGGUUAAUUUUAGCGCAUGACGGACCUAUGAUUCAGUGUUAAGUGCUUCUCCAGCAUGACGAACUUGGUCCGUCAUCCGUCAUUAAGGGGUUAAGUUCCUUUUUUAGCCUGUAAUGCAUUUGUAUUUCACCUCAUCCAUAUUAGCAAAUAGUUUUUUUUUUGCCAUUUGUCACAUUCUGGGCCAAUGAUGACUACCACAAUAGCUGAUCAUUUACCCAGUCCCGGUUCUGAAGGGAUUACAUUGAUGCAGAGUAUAUUUGUGCUUAUGUGCAUUUUUUUUAUUCACCACAUAAUGUAAAUGGUAUGUGGUAAUGCACCUGUUUUUAUUUCAGGAGACAAUAACGUUUAUAGAAAAAAACAUACCUUGUAAAUUUUUCAGUUAAAUAUUUUUCAUUAAUAUUUUCUACUUCCUGAAGGCGUGUAGGGGAGAGCUAUAUGAUGAGCCAGUCCUGGCAGCUGAUUGUACGGAUGGUGUUAUCAACAUCCCUGACACCAAUGUAAUUGAAGUGGAUGCUGCAUCCAUGUACACAUUGCUUGCUGGUGCCGACUUCAUUAUGUGUUAUUUUGUAGCAGAAGGUAACAUAGUUUAAUUGUAUUUCUUACAACAAUUAAAGAUUGGCUGCAUUAAUGUCAAUAAAGUUGUACUGAAGUUUGCAUACCCUGGGAAAGAUUCUGAAAUUAUGGCAUUGAUUUUAUAAAUAUGAGUGAUCAUGUAAAAAAAGUAUUUUAUUGAAGUAUAGUGAUCAUAUGAAGCCAUUUAUUAUCACAUAGCUGUUUGGCUUGUUUUUAAAUCAUAAUGACAACAGAAAUAACCCAAAAUGACCCUGAUCAAAAGUUUACAUAUCCUUGAAUGUUUGGCCUUGUUACAGACACACAAGGUGACCGUGACACACACAGUUUAAGAUGGCACUUAAAGGUUAAUUUCCCACACCUGUGGCUUUUUUUUAAAAAAAAAACAACUUUAUUUUAUCUUGCAUGAAAAAAUACAAAUAAGCAUGCAAUGCCACAACAGCGAUUGCUUGCUUGUCAAUCAACAUUUAAGAGCAAUUGUUGGCAUACAAUAACACUGCACAUUUUAUGUUAAGAGGUGAGACAACUGGCACAAUCCAUCUAUCACAAUAUGGGCAUCCUAGCAGAUGAGACAGCCAUGAGUAGGCAUUAUCAGCAAUAUAAGAUGGCAUGUGCCUUACUCAAGUAAUAAAGUAUGGUGCAUAUACAUAUUAUAGCACGUGUGACAUGGUGGACUGUGGGUUUUAUUAUUAUGUGUCUAACCGAAUAGUAGGUGAUCGGGUAUGCUGACCCUAACUUAGUGUCAUAUAGGAGGUAAUGAGAGUGCUGGUAUGGAGUGGAAAGCUCCUGGACGCCUCCAUGUCCAUGAAAGUCUGUUAGUGGUGUUGUGGGUAUGUGGUGGAGGCUAGAGCCCCCUUAGGAUGACAGUAAGAUGUGAUAUCAAGAUUUGCUCAUGGGGGAUAUGUAGAUAGCAUGGGUAGUAUGCUAAUCCCAGAUGUGUAAGUAUUACGAGCUAUAAAGAGUGUUCAAAGGAACCCCUCACAGGCAUUUAAGCACAUUAUGCAAAUUAUGCAAGCACAUGAAUAAAUGAUUAACUGAAAAUAAACUGAACAAAUUAUAACGAGUAAUGCGAGUAGUUGCAGGUAGUUCAGGACACCAGGGUUGCUGAUGAAUCCCCACGUCGAGCCGCAGGUACGAAUGAGUGAACUUUCGCUGGAUCUGCUUGUGGGAGCUCAAGGGUCUGCAGAGUAUCAGGAAUCGUGGCAGUGCCGGUGAUUUUCAGCUUGACAGUUUCCCUCGGUAUGAUCAGAUUCCUGGAUGCUCCCCAGCAGUAUGGUAUUUUAUGUGCAAGGGAAUACUUUGUCAGUGGACGCAGAGAUCGUCGCCACUCUAGGGUAGCUCUUGACAGGUUAGGAAAAAUUGCUAAGAAGUGUUCCUCGAAUUGCAAAGGUGACCUGUUACGGACGGCCGUCAUGAAAGCUAGACGGUCUUGGCUCUGCUGGAAGCGGACUAUCAUGCCUCUGCUUGUGCCUUGAGUGGCUGUGUAUAAAUAGUCAAUGAGUUUGUUAGCGCUCAUGUGGAUGCACUGAGCAGGCUAAAUACUGAACCAUGGGGAGCAGAAAAGAACUGUCAAGAGACCUGCGUAACAAGGUAAUGGAACCAAGAAAGAUUUCAGCCACAACAGCCAGAAGAAUUGUUCAGAAUACAAAGAAAAACCCACAGGUAACCUCAGGAGAGAUACAGACUUCUCUGGAAAAAGACUGUGGUUGUUUCAAGGAGCACAAAAUGACGACACUUGAAUAAAUAUGAGCUGCAUGGUCGAGUUGCCAGAAAGAAGCCUUUACGGCGCCAAUGCCACAAAAAGCCCGGUUACAAUAUGCCCAACAACAGCUUGACACACCUCACAGCUUCUGGCAUGCUGUAAUUUGGAGUGAAAAGACCAAAAUAAAGCUUUAUGGUCACAACCAUAAGUGCUAUGUUUGGAGAGGGUCAAACAAGGCCUAUAGUGAAAAGAACACCAUCCCCACUGUGAAGCAUAGUGGUGGUCCACCAAUGGUUUUUUUUGAGGGAGUGGAGUUCUAAAGGCAUGGGAAAGCUAGUGAAAAUUGAUGGCAAGAUGAAUGCAGCAUGGUUUCAGAAAAUACUGGCAGACAAGUUGCAUUCUUCUGCACAAGGCUGCGCCUGGGACGCUUGUAAACUUUCCAGCACGAUAAUGACCCUAAGAACAAGGCCAGUGGUUACAGAAGAAAAAGGUGAAGGUUCAUGUGGCCAUCACAUUCUCCUGACCUUAAUAUCAAUGAGCCACUCUGGGAAAAUCUCAAACGUGCAGUUCAUGCAAGACGACCAAAUACUUUGCAUGACCUGGAGGCAUUUUGCCAAAACAAAUGGGUAGCUAUACCACCUGCAAGAAUUAGGGGCCUCAUAGACAACUAUUACACAAGACUAUACUCUGUCACUGAUGCUAAAGGGGACAAUACACAGUAUUAAUAACUAAGGGUAUGCAGACUUUUGAACAGGGGUCAUUUCAUUUUUUUCUUUGUUGCCAUUUUUUUCUUUGUUUUGUUUUAUGAUUGUGCCAUUCUGUAAUAACCUACAGUGGAAUAUAAUUUCAUAAUUUAAGAAAUAAAAGAAAUGUGUUUUGCCUGCUCACUCAUGUUUUAUUUUAAAAUGGUACCUAUAUUACCAAAUCUCCAAGAAUUAUGCAAACUUUUAAGCACAACUGUAUAUAUCCUUGAUAUUUUUUUGAUUCUUAAAGGACCACUAUAGUGCCAGGAAAACAUACUCGUUUUCCUGGCACUAUAGUGCCCCCACCCUCAGGGUCCCCCUCCUGCCCAGCUCUGGAAAGGGGAAAAGGGGUUAAACUUACCUUUUUCCAGCGCUGGGCGGGGAGCUCUCCUCCUCCGAUCCUCCUCAGUUCCUCCUCCUGGGCUGAAUGCGCACGCGCGGCAAGAGCUGCGCGCGCAUUCAGCUGGUCACAUAGGAAAGCAUUCAUAAUGCUUUACAUAGACAUAGCAGUUUCUCUGAAACUGCUAUGUUUAUGAAAAAAUGGGUUAACCCUAGCUGGACCUGGCACCCAGACCACUUCAUUAAGCUGAAGUGGUCUGGGUGCCUAGAGUGGUCCUUUAAAGGAUCACUAUAGGGUAAGGAACACAAACAUGUAUUCCUGACCCUAUAGUGUUAACAUCACCAUCUAGCCCACCUGGCCCCUCAUGCCUCCAUAAAUAAAGUAAAAAUCUUACUGUAUUCAAACCUGAAGCUGUAACUCUGUAUGCUGACAUGUGGUAGCCUGAUCCAAUCACAGUGCUUCCCCAUAGGAUUGGUUGAGACUGAUAAGGAGGCAGAUCAGGGGCAGAGCCAGCAUGAUUCAAACACAGCCCUGGCCAAUCAACAUCUCCUCAUAGAGAUGAAUUGAAUCAAUGAAUCUCUAUGAGGAAAGUUCAGUGUCUGCAUGCAGAGGGAGGAGACACUGAAUGUUUGGAUGCAUUUUAGACAGUCAUGACCCAGGAAGGAUCUCUAACAGCUAUCUGAGGAGUGGCCAGUGGAGUUAUCACUAGGCUGUAACGUAAACACUGUGUUUACAACAAAAAGCCUGAAGGUAAUGGUUCUACUCACCAAAGCAAAUUCAAUAAGCUGUAGUUGUUCUGGUGACUAUAGUGUCCCUUUAAGUAAUCUUACUCAUUGUAGUAUUUGGUAAUAUGUGAUGGGUAAACUAAAAUGUUGGCCUUGAUCUACACAAAUAUGUCUGUUUCAAUUAGACCAUGGGUUUUGUAAUGUUUUCCUGUGAAUUGAUGGAUUAUGAAAAAGUUAGUUGUCCUUAAAGUGAUAGUCCAAGUACCAUGAAAAACUAUGCUCUUUGCAUUGCUUAUGGUUCAAGUGACUUCCCUGUCUCUGGAUUUCUUCUGUCUAAGGCUUAUAUGUGGCAUCUGCAAACAUGCUGUGGAUUGAAUGAGGAGUUAAAUCACCUCCCCUGGCUGUGACUGUGACUGUGCCUGUAUGAAAAAAAUGGCUUCAUUUUCAAUUGGACGUUAACUUACUUUAAAAGUUUAAUUUCCUGCUCUGUAACUUGAGCUUUAAUCACACACAAAGGAGGCUACUGCCUGGUCUAGCAGGCUAUUAACAGAGCAGGAGAUAAGAAAUUCUAAAUUAAAUAGACUGUACAAUAAAGUAAGAUUAAACAUGAUAUCUCUCUUUACAGGAAUUGUUUACAAAGCUGUGUAAGUCACAUGCAAGGAGGUAUGGCUAGGGCUGCAUAAACAAAGUGAUUUACCUUCUAAAUGGUUGCGAACUGAGCAGUGAGACCUCAGGUCUACACACCAAAACUGCUUCAUUAAGCUAAAGUUGUUAUUGUGCCGAUAGUUUCCCUUUUAAUCUGAGUAUGUGCAGCAAUUCAUAGCAAAAUGCUGCACAUACAGACUCCAGGCACUAUGCCCAAUUGAAAUUACUGAAGUGGUUAUGGUGCUUGGAGUAACCCUUUGAAGCCCAAACUGUCACUCACAUUGGGACAGGAUUGUUAUAGCAAGACUGCUUGUUUUACACCUUUCAAACGGCAUCUUUGUUUUAAUGUUUGUUUCUGUUAAGACUUAAAUGGACACUAUAGUCACCCAGACCACUUCAGCUCAAGGUUAACCAUGCUGAUGUAAACAUAGCAGUUUCAGAGAAACUGCUAUGUUUACAUUUGAGGUUAAGCCAGCCUCUAGUGGCUGUCUUCCGUAUAGCCACUAGAGGCGCAUCUGCGACGCUGGAGGCAUUUAAAACCUCCAUCACGCAGAGCAUCAAUAGGAAAGCAUUGAAAAAUGCUUUCUUAUAGACACUUUGAAUUCGCGCGCGGCACCGCCGCGCAUGCGCUUUCCGCUCCGCUGAUAUCAGACGGGGGAGCUGAUGUCGGUGGGGGAGGAGAGGUAAGGGAGCCCGGCGGUGGAAGAAGGUGAGUAACUGAAGGGGUUUUAACUCAGGGUACUAUAGUGUCAGGAAAACCGAUUUGUUUUCCUGACACUAUAGUGAUCCUUUAAAUCCUUUUAAAAGAAAUGUUGUGUAUCUUUUGAAACAGAGGUGGAAAUUACAUGUACCUUAGGAACUUCAAAUCUUAAUUUGCAAAACUAAAUAAUAUUUUUCUUAUGGUUCAGACAGAGGUGAAAUCUGGACCAUGUUUUUAACCUAGUGAAUUCAAUGACUCCGUGUGUGAUAUCAUGCAGGAUGUUUUAAAAAAUGGAUUAUUGGCCAGUGCAAUGCAAAGAUAGGGCCAUCCACAAGAUGCUAGAAAAUUAAUUGUCAUAAUAUGCCUCAGAAAAGUCUCUGUGGCAAUUAUAUCAAUCGAUUUGAUGUAUUUUGUAACAAGGCAUAAGAAGUUAUAUGUUGUAUAAAUGUUUGUGUUCAUUUUAUUUGUCUUUAGGCUACUAUUCACUUCGUGAAACCUCAUUUGGCUCCUGGUAUGUUCAAGAUCUGUGUGGAAUCCUUAAAACAUAUGGAACAACAUUGGAACUGACCGAGCUUCUUACUUUGGUGAAUCGGAAGGUGUCUCUGCACUCUGUGGAAAACUGCCUGGACCGUAACACAGUUGGAAAAAAGAAAUGCCGUGCUUUGCAUCCAUGUUAA